AUUCUCUCGCUGGCGCGCUUGCUCUUUUUUUUUUUUUUUUCUUGACUCUUGCCCCGCCUUUCAUUGCGGGACAGAGAUCGCCAGAUCGGGUUGGAUUUGGCAUAUAAUCACCGGGUCGAAACAGAUUUGAUCUGUUAAUCCUCCUGCCCUCGGUUUCUUGCUUUCUGCAUCUCUGCCCUUUGUUCGUUUUCGGUGGACUCCAGAAGUCGAGUUAAGUCGAACCUGGUGGAGAUGAAUAAGAGAAAGAAAUCAAUAUUUAAAGGAGUAUCAUCCUCCUCAGUUGGUACGGAUUCAGCGGACAGAAGACCGGACUUUAGGCAGAUAAUGAAGGACGUUGAGUACUUAGUUACCUCUGACAUGACAUGGAAAGAGAGGAAACACAUGGAGAAUCGGAGGGUAGCUGAGCAGUUGGGUGGAAAGCCUCAAAAGAAACAUAGAGUACCACUAAGUGUAGCAAGAGUGACCAUGAAGAAACAAAAAGAAAGAGAACAGAAAAUGCUUGAAGAUGGCUUGAUUCUUGGACACUUUGGACAUAAGCAUGCGAGUUCUAAUAAAGCAGCAGAGAAGCACAAGACAGAGGACAGGGUGCUGAAGUCAAGUGAGGGCUAUUUUAGAAAUGGUGUAUUGGAUGUGAAGCAUCUUUUGCGACCUGCUACAUCUAGAGAUAGAGACAAUCAUACAGAUGUUACUACUGAAGGAAAAAAGAGAAAACGGGCUGGAAAGCAGAGAAAGGAGGUAAGAAGCAGAGAGGAAAAAAGCGCAGGUAAACCAUAGGAAAUUUGUAUAAGUGUACAUCCAUUCAGGGAAUGGGAAAUUUUUGAUAAGCCUCA